AUGUCGACUGGCGACAGGAAGAAGACGGCGUGUCACGGGAGCGAACGGCUACAUCGCCUCGGCGCUCAUCAAGAUGCUGCUGGAGAAGGGCUACGCCGUCAAGACGACGAUGAUAUGGCGAAGAACUCCCACCUCAAGGACCUGCAGGCGCUCGGCCCCCUGGAGGUCUUCCGCGCCGACCUCGACGAAGAAGGCAGCUUGGACGACGCCGUCGCCGGCUGCGACUACGCUUUCCUAGUCGCCGCUCCGGUGAAACUCAAGUCAGAGAACCCUCAGAAAGAAGUGAUCGAGCCCGCCGUCAGGGGAACUCUGAACGUGAUGAGGUCGUGCGUGAAGGCCGGGACGGUGAAGCGCGUGAUCCUGACCUCGUCAGCGGCCUCGGUCGUCAGGAGGCAGCUGCAAGGCGAGGGGCAUGUCCUAGACGAGGAGUCCUGGUCAGACGUCGAGUACCUCACCGCCACCAAGUCUGGCCUCUGGGCGUACCCGGUGUCCAAGGUCCUCCUGGAGAAGGCAGCGAGCAGGUUCGCCGCGGAGCACGGCGUGAGCCUCGUCACCGUCUGCCCCGUCUUCACCGUGGGCGCGGCGCCGGCACCGAGCGCACGUACCAGCGUCCCCAGCUGCCUCUCCCUUCUAUCCGGCGACGAGGCAGAGUUCGGCGUGCUGAGAGCCCUUGAGAUGGGGACAGGCACGGUGGCGCUGGUCCACGUCGACGACGUCUGCCGCGCCGAGGUGUUCCUCGCCGAGCAGGAGGCGGCCGCGGGGAGGUACCUCUGCUGCGGCCUCAACACGACCAUCCUCCAGCUCGCACGUUUCCUGUCUGAGAAGUACCCGCAGUACACUGUGAAGACGAAUCUGCUCUCCGGCGAUCUGCUUGAGAAGCCGAGAGUACGCGUGUCGUCCGGGAAACUGGUGAAGGAAGGGUUCGACUACAAUUACAAGAUGCUGGAUGGGAUGUAUGAUGGCAUGAUAGACUACGACAAGGCCUUGGGAAUUCUGCCAUAG